AAGUGACGUUAGCGGACAAAGGCAGCGCGCGCCGCGAGCUGUCGCGUCUGGUCGUGGUGUGGUGGAGCUGCGGUUACCUUGUGGGGUCUCCGCCGCCGCCGCCCUCCGUUCCUCUUCCCCAUCUUCUUCUCUCGGUCCCGGGAGCCCCCGCGCGGAGAGAGUUGCGGGUGCUGAUCGUGGUGCUUGAGCAGAGCCGUGGUUGGUGACAGCAUGACGAGCGAGGUGAUAGAAGACGAGAAGCAAUUCUAUUCCAAGGCCAAGACCUACUGGAAACAAAUCCCACCCACGGUGGACGGCAUGCUUGGGGGGUAUGGCCACAUCUCCAGCAUCGACAUCAACAGCUCCCGGAAGUUUCUGCAGAGGUUUUUGAGGGAAGGCCCGAACAAGACAGGAACGUCCUGCGCCCUGGACUGUGGAGCUGGCAUUGGGAGGAUCACCAAGCGGCUGCUCCUGCCGCUGUUCAGAGAGGUGGAUAUGGUCGACAUAACGGAGGACUUCCUGGUUCAAGCCAAGACCUACCUGGGGGAGGAGGGCAAGAGGGUGAGGAACUACUUCUGUUGUGGGCUCCAGGACUUCACCCCAGAGCCGGACUCUUACGACGUGAUCUGGAUCCAGUGGGUGAUAGGUGAGGGUCCCGCCUCCCUUCCCUGCCCACCUGUACGUCUCCUGCCACUCGGGUUCCCCAUAAGGUGUCAGGACCAGGGCUUUGCGCUCCUGCAGCAGGCCACCUCACCGAUCAGCACCUGGCCGAGUUCCUGCGGCGCUGCAAGGGCAGCCUCCGCCCCAACGGUAUCAUCGUCAUCAAAGACAACAUGGCCCAGGAGGGCGUGAUUCUGGAUGACGUGGACAGCAGCGUGUGCCGGGACCUUGAUGUGGUCCGCAGGAUCAUCUGCAGCGCAGGCCUCAGCCUCCUGGCUGAGGAGAGGCAGGAGAACCUCCCCGAUGAGAUCUACCACGUCUAUAGCUUUGCCCUGAGAUGAGCCAGGGCUGGCAGGAGAAACUAAGGAACCACAGUCCGGGUGGGGGGAGCUGGCAGCUGGGCAAGAUUCAAGCGCCACACUGGCGGUUCGUGAGUGUCAAGGCAUCACUAAAUAUAGCUGUCUGCCGUCCACUCAU